AUGGUUUCCAAUUCGGAUCCAGGUGAAGAUACCUCGGAUGGUCGAUUUAAACGCAAGCGAAAGCAAAAGCCAAACAACUCAAAGUUCACAAUCAAAAUCGAAAACGACGUCAAAGUGGAAAAGGUGGAACCAAUUGAUGACGCAUAUAUGGUUCAAUGCUCACCACCACCAUCGCCAAUCGAAGCAAUUGGCGCGAUUAAAUCGGAGAGCGAGAGCGACAGUGAGGUGUGUAAUAAAUACGAUCUUGAUUGUGCGAAACAAGAAAUCAAGAGUGAAGACGAAGAAUGUGCAAAGAAAAGUUGCUGCUCAUCAGGUGAUGUUUCAAAUCAACGCAAAGACGAUAAUCGGAAUGAUGGAAAUCGAUUUCAUCCAGAACAAAACAAGUUGAAUGGCGAAGGUCAAAGCGGACGUAAUUCCAAGGGAAAGAAACGAAGAGGCGCAAAGAAGGAAAAUACAUCGAAAGAUGCAAAGAAAUCAGCUGUAAAGAAGGAGAAGAAAUACAAAUGUCAUGUGUGUGAUUAUGCUGCAUCGUGGAAAAUCAGUCUCAUCAGACAUAUCCGAAGACACACCGGCGAAAAGCCUUUCGUAUGUGAAAUAUGUGCAAAGGCUUUUACACAAAAGAAUCAUUUGAAUCGACACAAGAAAGUCCAUGCCAACGAAUUUUCAUUCCAUUGUCCAAAGUGUCGUCGUGGAUUCGAACAAGAAGUCGAAAAGAUUAAACACGAAAAUCAAUGCCAACAUCGACAAUAUCAAUGUAUUGUAUGCAAAUACACCACUGAUAAUUUGUCAAGUCUCAAGAAACACAUGCUAAUCCAUAGUGAUGAGAAGCCUUUCCAAUACCGCGUUUGUUCAAAAACAUUUAAACGAAAAUAUCAUUUUUGCCAACAUUUACGCAUUCACACCAAACAACUACCGUUUGCCUGCUCAAAAUGUGGACACCGAUUUGCUGUCGAAAUCGACAAACAAUCGCAUGAGGAUCGAUGCAAGUGUCGACGAUACGAAUGCCAUAUUUGCCCACAUAAAUGUUUCAAGAAAAGUCAUUUGAAAUACCACAUGCAAUCAAAGCACACAGGCGAAAAACAAUUUCAAUGCAAAAUGUGUGAUAAAAAGUUUGUUUUGAAAUGUCAGCUCAAGAAACAUUUGGCGACUCAUGCUAAACCGCGUCCAAAUCGUUGCAUCAAAUAUUGUCGUCGAUUUGCAAACGAAGGCGAUAAGAAUGAACAUGAAGAACAAUGCAAUCGUCGCCACUAUGAAUGUUACAUCUGCAAAGUUUUAGUUCGCGAUUCAAUGCAACUAAGAGGUCAUAUGCGUAACCGGUCAUACCGGUGACAAACCAUUUCCAUGCAAAUGGUGCGAUGCCCGAUUCUCUCUUCAAGGCAACGCUAAUUUCCACAUGAAGAAACUUCAUCGUCAAAAGAAGUGAAGAUCCGCGCAACCCGAUCACUACAUUCCACACCAAUGGAUUACAACAACAGAUAUUCAUCAUUUACUCGCCACCAUUUUAUUCAAAGUACUUUUUCUAUUCAAUAAAAUAAAUUGACUUAUAA